AUCUUCAAACAUUUAAGUUAAUUCUUAAACACAAAAUCAAUAGGACAGAAGUACAAAAAUAUACACUAGUGAAACUACAACAAAAAAUUAAGAAAGUCGAAUUGAAAAUGAUUGAUCUGUCGUCACAAAUGAAAAAACUUGAUGCACAAAUGGCAAAAUUACAAACGGAGUUGAAAAGUCUUGAAAAACAAUUGAAAACACUUUACAUGGAAAAUGAAAAACUUACAAAUAUCUCGGAAAAAGGAAAAGACUGCGCAGAUCUUUACAGAAAAAGUGUAAGACACAAUGGAAUAUACGAAGUAGAUCCUGAUGGUAACGGAUACUUUAAAGUCUUCUGUGACAUGACGUCAUCGGGUGGUGGUUGGACUGUAAUUCAAAGACAUAUAAAAAAUGGAAAUACAGACUUUUAUCUGGGUUGGGCGGAGUAUAAACGUGGCUUUGGUAAUCUUAAAUCAGAAUUCUGGAUUGGAUUGGACAAGAUACAUCGACUAACAUCUGCAAGGAAAAAUAAACUUCGAAUUGAUCUAGUAAACACGUCAGGCACUAAAAAAUACGCUGAAUAUGAAGAUUUUGUUGUAAAGGAUGGAAAUUCUAAGUAUCAAUUAAGUAUUGGAAAAUACACAGGAACUGCUGGGGAUAAAUUAUCCUAUCACAAUAACAUGAAGUUUUCAACCAAAGAUUCAGAUAAUGAUAAAACUAGUGGAAGUUGCGCUACUUCCUACACAGGUGCUUGGUGGUAUAAUGGUUGUUAUCAUUCCAACCUAAAUGGUAAAAAUCUUGCUUGGUCUGGUUUUAGUAACGUGAAAACCAGUGAAAUGAAAAUCAAACCAUGA